CAAACCUGGCCUUCCAGCACACAACCGGGGAGAACCCACAGGAGUGGUUGGUUCUCUGGCAGGAACCAUCUUGAGAGAAGAAAGGUGGGCAGCGCCCAGCAGUCUCAGAGGCCCCGGUGCCCCCCUUUCACGGCCCAGCAAGAUGCCUCCCCAGCUGCCCAACAGCACGGACUUCUCUGCCAAAGUGGUGCAGGGCAACCUGGAGAGCCUGCCCAAGGCGGUGCGUGAGUUUGUGGAAAGCAGUGCCACCAUUUGUCAACCCGAGCACAUCCACAUCUGUGACGGCUCCGAAGAUGAGAACCGGAGGCUGUUGGAGCUCAUGGAGGAGCAGGGGGCCAUCAAACGGCUGAAGAAGUAUGACAACUGCUGGCUGGCGCUCACAGACCCCCGGGAUGUUGCCCGAGUGGAGAGCAAGACAGUCAUCAUUACCAAAGAGCAGAGGGACACGGUGCCCAUCCCCAAGAGCGGCCCCAGCCAGCUGGGCUGCUGGAUGUCUGAGAAGGACUUCGAGAAGGCCUUUGAAGCCCGCUUCCCAGGGUGCAUGAAAGGUCGGACCAUGUACGUCAUCCCGUACAGCAUGGGACCCCUGGGCUCACCGCUGUCCAAGAUCGGCGUGGAGCUGACGGACUCUCCCUACGUGGUGGCCAGCAUGCGAAUCAUGACACGCAUGGGCACGGCCGUGCUCCAGGCACUCGGUGAUGGGCAGUUCGUGAAAUGCCUCCACUCCGUGGGCUGCCCGCUGCCUCUCAAGAAGCCUCUGAUCAACAACUGGGCCUGCAACCCUGAGCUUACACUCAUUGCCCAUGUGCCUGACCGUCGUGAGAUUGUCUCCUUCGGCAGCGGCUACGGUGGCAACUCACUGCUGGGCAAGAAAUGCUUCGCCCUCAGGAUGGCGAGUCGGCUGGCCAAGGAGGAGGGCUGGCUGGCAGAACACAUGCUGAUUCUGGGCAUCACCAGCCCACAAGGCCAGAAGAAGUACUUUGCGGCUGCCUUCCCCAGUGCUUGCGGGAAAACCAACCUGGCCAUGAUGAACCCCACACUCCCGGGCUGGAAGGUGGAGUGUGUUGGGGACGACAUUGCCUGGAUGAAGUUUGACCAGCAAGGGAACUUAAGGGCCAUCAACCCCGAAAAUGGAUUUUUUGGGGUUGCUCCGGGCACUUCUGUGAAGACCAACCUCAACGCCAUCAAGACCAUCCAGAGAAACACCAUCUUUACCAACGUGGCGGAGACGAGCGAUGGCGGCGUCUACUGGGAAGGCCUUGACCAACCUCUGGCUGUGGGCACCAAGGUGACAUCAUGGCGGAACAAGGAAUGGAGUCCUGCAGAUGGGGAGCCCUGUGCCCACCCCAACUCCAGGUUCUGUACUCCUGCCAAGCAGUGCCCCAUCAUUGACCCUGCCUGGGAGUCCCCAGAGGGUGUGCCCAUCGAGGGCAUCAUCUUCGGAGGCCGCCGGCCUGAGGGGGUCCCUCUGGUGUAUGAAGCUCUGAGCUGGCAGCACGGAGUCUUUGUGGGAGCAGCCAUGAGGUCUGAGGCCACUGCAGCUGCGGAACACAAAGGCAAAGUCAUCAUGCAUGACCCCUUUGCCAUGCGGCCUUUCUUUGGCUACAACUUUGGCCAAUAUCUGGCCCACUGGCUCAGCAUGGCCCAGCGCCCAGGAGCCAAGCUGCCCAAGAUCUUCCAUGUCAACUGGUUCCGGAAGGACAAGGAAGGCAAGUUCCUAUGGCCGGGCUUUGGCGAGAACUCCAGGGUCCUCGAGUGGAUGUUCCGGAGGAUCAGCAGAGGUGAUGGUGCCAAGCUGACCCCCAUCGGCUAUGUCCCGGAGGAGAAUGCCCUGAAUCUGCAGGGCCUGGGUCAAGUCAACGUGAAGGAGCUUUUCCACCUCUCCAAGGAGUUCUGGGAGAAGGAGGUGGCUGACAUCCAGAAGUACUUCCAGGAGCAAGUGAAUGCCGACCUUCCCAAGGCGAUCCAGAGUGAGCUCUUGGCCCUGAAGCAAAGAAUCAGCCAGAUGUGAGCUGAGAGAGCUUCCCCUCGGGCCCCCCACUUUCCAGGGCAGAAGAAGCCUGGGAUGAGAGAGGACGACGAGGAGGGCAUUUGCCAGAAUUGCCACCGC